AUGUCAGGAGAUUCAAACUAUGAUAUAGUUAAGAAAGAGUUUUUUAAUUUAUCUCAUUAUGUUAUCUCUAUAUAUGAUUCAUUAAAUAUUUAUUGUACUUCUUUAAAAGAAUUAUAUUUAGGUUCAGAUAGUUUUAUAAAUACAACAAGUAAAUGUUUAGAACCAGAUCAUCCAUUAUCAAAAUAUAGUUUAGGUAUAAAAAGUGAAAUUGAAAAUAGCUUUAAUGGUUGGAGUAAUAAUCAACAAGAGAAUUUUCAAAAGUUGGUUAAUUAUUUAAAUGGUUUAGAGAGUGCAAGAUUAAAGAUUGAAAAUUUUGAUAAUAAUGGUUUUAGAGAUUUUAAAUUAAAAACUGAAAUAUUUAAAGAUGUUAACAAUCUAUUCGAUUCAAAAUCUGAAAAUUUCGAUAUCCCAUUAAUCAAUAUACAAUUCUCAUUUAAUAGUUUAUUUCAAUCAAUUAAUUCAAUUCAUAAUAGUUUUUCUUUUAUCUUACAACAGCAAAUUAAAUUUAAAAGUCCAGUUUCAUCUUUACAACCUGUAUCACAACCAAUUUCUAAACCAAGACCAACUUCUGUAAUAUUACAAAAUCAACAACAGCAACAACAACAACAACAAAAUGAUAAUAAUAAUAAUAAUGUUCAAACAACACCUAUUGUACCAAAUAGACCAACAUAUAAGCCACCAAUACAAAGACCAUUGUCUACUAAUUUAAAUAAUGUUAAUAAUGGUAAUUCUAAUGUUGGUAGUUUGAGAGCUGCACCUGCUCCUAUUUCAUCUUCAAAUGUUGAACAACCACAAAAACCAGUUACACCAACAUAUAAACCACCAACCCAAAGACCAUUAUCAACAAAUUUAAGUAGUGGUGUUGUGAGACCUGCUCCUAUUCCUAUUUCUACUUCAACUGAAGAACCACAAAAACCAGUAACGCCAACAUAUAAACCACCAACACAAAGACCAUUAUCAACAAAUUUAAGUAAUGGUGUUGUGAGACCUGCCCCUAUUCCUAUUUCUUCUUCAACUGAAGAACCACAAAAACCAGUAACACCAACAUAUAAACCACCAACACAAAGACCACUAUCUACAAAUUUAAGUAAUGGUGUUUUAAGACCUGCACCACCACCAUCUAUAAAUUCUACACCUACAUCUUUACCUUCUCAACCCACACCUAAUACAUUUAAAAAACCAAAUUAUAUAAAACCAAUGCCAGCAUCACAAGAACAACAACAUCAACAACAACAACAGCAACUACAACAACAGGAGCAGCAAUCAAUAAAACCUCAACCAACUCCAUCUUUCCAACGUCCAACUCCAUCUUUUAAUAAACCAUCACCAUCACCAUCACCAUCAACUCUUGCUCAACAAACACAAACAACAGACUUUCAACCUCAAAGACCCCCACCACCAUCAAUUCAACCUCAAAGACCUCCACCACCAUCAACUCAACCUCAAAGACCUCCACCACCAUCAAUUCAACAACAACCAGUUCCAGUUGAUAAUAGCUAUAAUAAAAAUGAAAAGAAAAAGGAUUCACUAUCACUUUUUGGAAAGAAAUUAUCAACAGCAUUCAAAAGUUUGGAUGUUUCAAGUGGUUCUAGUUCUGGAAGAUCUUCAAUGAUGGGAUUUGGAUUUCCUACUGAUAUGCUUGGUCCAAAACUUGAAGAUAUAGUAAAUGAUUUUGAAUAUCAUAAAAAAAAAUGGGAUGGAUAUGGUAAAAGAUUUAAAUUGGUUAAAAAGUAUACACAAUCAAUAAGAUGGGUUGGCCAUGGUAGUGCAAAGAUUGAAAGUGGUAAACCAAUUCCAAAUCAAUUGAUUACAAUGAUUCUUACAACACCAAUAACUAUGCAAUCACAAGUGAUAACCUAUUCACAAGUUGAAUUUAAAAAUUCAAGAGGUAAUGUCGUAACACCAACCAUUGUUGAAAUUCCAAAUUCAGAGGUAUCCAUUUAUCAAGCAGAUUUUCAUGGUCCUCAAGAGUUUGAUGAAUUCUUUUGCGAGAACAUUGUUGAGGCGGAUUUAUUCUCAAUCAAUUUGGAAGAGAUAAAGUCAACUCAGGAACAAUCACCUUAUGUUGAACCAUUAUCAGAGAAAGAGAAUGAAAUUUAUUUAGUUUUUACACCAACUUUGAAUUUUAAUGAACCAGAGUUUGCACAAUUUAUUGAAAGAGAAGGAUUAUAUCCUCAAAUUGAUGGAGCAAACCAACAACAAGAGACAUUGUUAUGUUUUGCCUAUAGAGUUAGUUUAUAUAUCAAAUUACAUAUCUCUUAUGAGAUCAGUUGUGGUGAUCAAAAACCAUUGGUAACAAUUAAUAAAGGUUUAGGAAAUUGUUCAUCUUAUUCAAAUCUAUUCUGUUCAAUUAUGAGAUAUAAUGGUAUACCUUGUAGAAUAGUUAGUGGUGUGGUUUCAAGAAAAAAUAAUGUCAUUGAUGAACCUCAUGGUCAAAAUGAAUUUUAUUUACCAAAUAUUGGUUGGAUACCUUAUAAUGGUGCUGUAAUGGGUGGUCCAAAUGAUAAUUCAAUCGCUUUUGCAAAAUGUUUUGGUGAUCUUUACUCUUAUAUGAUUGAUACUCAUAUCAAUUUAAGUUAUGAUCAACAAUCUAAAUCAGAACAUACAGAGAGACAAAGUAUUUGUGGUGAAAUGGUACCAACAAAAUGUUAUUUUCAACAUGGUUCAACACCUUCUUUUGGUGCUCCUAAAAGUGAACAUGAAUUCACAAGAAUUGAUAAUGGCGGAGUUUUAGAAUUUUAG